CUAGGAGAGAACAAUAGAGAAACGCAAGUAAUGUAAUACACACCAACAGGCCUCAAAACUCAAAAGCAGUCUUCCAGAGCUAGUCGCUCGGCUUCAUGGUCAGUUGAAGUUUCUUAUGGGCGAAUAAGAACAAAAAAUUCUAAGGAGAGAGAAGAAGUAGAUGAUGGUAUCUGUGAAGGACGUGGUGAGAGUGGUCGAUGGGUUAUCUCUAGUGGCCAAGGAGGGCAUCAGCCGCUCAAAGGGCGCUCCCCUGAUCAAGAUCGCUGUCCUCUCCGCCGCAGACAUCGCCGGCAUCACCAAAGGAAAGCUCCGUACUCUGGAAAAACCCCAGACUGAUAGUAGCGGUGACGCUCAUACAAAUGCAGGCGGCAGCAGCAUCGUCUACUUCACGGACGGUAAACCAGUGCCGGUCGUGCUGCCCCAAAUCCCUAACCCCCCUGAAUCAGAAACAAAUCCAUUAGGGCACUCGGUGGAUCACAAACCAGUGCUCGAUGUGCCAUCCCGAAUCCCUCCCACUUCUGAAUCUCAAACAAUUGACUCCGAUAGAGACGAUUCCCAGGCUUUGGUAGGUGCAAUUGGUCCCCCGACUUCAAAUGCUGUGAAACCCGAGAAGCAGAGGAAGCCCAGGGAGAGGCGAGUCCCUUCGACCCCCUUCUCUCGAGCCAUAGGGUUUGCCGGACUUGGAGCCGGUCUUGCUUGGGGGACUCUCCAGGAAUCUGCUAAGCGGAUCAUGUUUGGUACACCUAGUGCAGAAAACAACCAACAUGCCCUUUCCCCAUACCUGUCUGAGAGAAAUGCUGAACGUUUAGCUCUUGCUCUAUGCAGAAUGCGUGGAGCAGCUCUCAAACUGGGCCAAAUGUUGAGUAUCCAAGAUGAAUCUCUUGUACCUGCUCCCAUCUUAGCAGCUUUGGACAUUGUCCGUCAGGGAGCAGAUCGGAUGCCAAGGAAUCAGCUCAAUCAGGUGAUGGAUACUGAAUUGGGUUCCACUUGGUCAUCUAAGUUGAUGAGUUUUGACUAUGAGCCAAUGGCUGCUGCAAGUAUAGGACAGGUCCAUCGUGCUGUCACAAAAGAUGGUUUGGAGGUUGCAGUAAAAAUUCAGUAUCCUGGAGUUGCAGAUAGCAUUGAAAGUGACAUUGAAAAUGUUAAAUUGCUAUUAACUUACACAAAUUUGCUACCAGAAAAAAUGUAUCUCGACAAUGCAAUGAAGGUUGCAAAAGAGGAACUUUCUCGCGAGUGUGACUAUGAACUGGAGGCUAAAAACCAGAAAAAGUUCCGUAGUCUGCUGACCGAUACAAAUGGAUUCUAUGUUCCAUUUGUGGUGGAUGAUUUAUGUAGUAGAAGAGUGCUAACCACAGAACUAGUUCCUGGAGUUCCGAUUGAUAAGGUAGCAUUACUAGACCAAAAGACACGCAAUUACGUUGGGAAGAAGUUGCUUGAGCUCACUUUGAUGGAGCUAUUUAUUUUCAGAUUCAUGCAGGCAUGUUAUCAUACUGAUCCGAAUUGGAGUAACUUUUUAUACAAUGAGGCGGAAAAGUCGAUCAACCUUAUAGACUUUGGAGCAGCUAGGGAGUACCCAAAACAUUUUGUUGAUGAUUAUUUAAGGAUGGUUGUUGCCUGUGCAAAUAGCGACCGAGAAGCAGUGAUUGAGAUGUCAAGGAGACUUGGGUUUCUGACAGGAAUGGAGUCCCAAGUAAUGUUAGAUGCUCAUGUUCAAGCGGGUUUUAUUGUUGGGCUGCCAUUUUCCAAGAGCGGAGGAUAUGAUUUUGGGUCGACCAAUAUCACUCAAAGCAUUUCACACCUUGGGGCUACGAUGCUGAGGCACAGGCUUACCCCCCCACCGGAGGAGGCAUACAGCCUCCAUCGCAAACUUUCCGGUGCUUUCCUUGCUUGCAUCAAACUCCGGGCUGUGGUCCCUUGUAGGGAUAUUCUGCUUCAAGUUUAUGACAAGUAUCAGUUUGGUUGGUAGUGUUGGUGUCAAUGCUGACUAAGUCUUCUAGGACUUGCGAAUUGAAUUUCAUGACAGUGCCUGAAUAAAUUAAUUAAUCCACAUGUAUGAUUCUGAGGGACUUUUUUUUUUUUUCCUGGCGGGAGAUUAUUUGGGACACAUAUUUUUAAAUGCAUCAAAGACUAGUAUCAGUUUAACUUUGGUAGUGUUUAUGAGAGACUUUAUUCUUUUGUUGCAACAGAUUAUUUAGGAUUUUUAUUGGUGGUAUUUAUCAUUUUUUUAUAAACGUGACAGACAGCCAUGCAUGUGAUACAACUCCAGGGCAUGAACCGCCUUCAGAGUCCGCACGUCCUCAGUGAACCUUUCUCUCAUACCUGUUUAUAUGUGAUUAUUCACCAUAUUUCUAUAGUAUCUAGAGUUUAU